CUUUGGACAGACAGACAGACUCCUGGGGCCUGCCAACCAUCAAAAUGUCCAAAGGGCCUCUUAUUCUCUGGCUGCUGAUUGAGCUUGGGCGGCUUUCUCUGACUUCACCUGCACCAGAGACUGUGAGAGCGUAUUUGGGUCAGACGGUGACUUUGCCCUGUAAGUACUCAUCCUGGUCUCGCAGCAGGAACAGCAUGUGCUGGGGCAAGGGUGAGUGUCCUAAAUCCAAAUGCAGCGAGGAGCUUCUCCACACCAAUGGGAUGAGGGUAUUAUCCAGGAAGUCACCAAAAUAUGAUCUUCAGGGCAGUAUCUGGAGAGGCAAUGUCUCGUUGACCAUCUUCAACACCAAUGAAGGUGACAGCAGUAUGUACUGCUGCCGCAUAGAGGUCCCUGGCUGGUUCAAUGAUGUGAAGAAGAACAUUCGCCUGCAGUUGAGGAGAGCCCCAGCAACCAGGCCAUCAACAACGCGUCUCCCAACCACCACCACUGCUCUGACGACAGCCACAGCUGUGCUUCCAACAACAGCUAUGACUAUACCUGAGCUCACAACCAGAACACGACUUCAGACAAGAACCACCACUGCCCUCACAACAGUGGCAAUGACAUACCCUCCAGCAACAUCAACCUUUCUUUUUGAAGCCACCACAGUGCUUCCAACCACUGAGCUUUCCAUGGAAGGGCCCACCCUCACUGCAGAGUCCAAAGGUUGGUUUCUCCAGUCAACAUCCCAGGAGUCAACGUGGGAAAUGAGUGACUCUGUGACUUUUCCUCAGACAAGAGCAACGGAGACAGAAAUGCCUGUGCCAAAUGGAGUAGAAUCAGAACAGGUAAAAAUGGCCAUCAACUCCGACCUGCUAAUGAUCAUCGUUCCCUCCCUGGGAUUCGUGCUGUUGGUGUUGCUUGUGGCGUUUUUCCUUCGAGGGAAAGUCAUGAAAACCAGUUGGUUCCCGAAACACACAAGGCUAGACAAUGCUGGAGAAUGUAAAAACAACUUUGAUGACAUGCAGCAUGGAAGAGAAGACGAAGAUGGUCUUUUCACGCUCUAAUGUGCCACUUUUUCUCAGGAUUGAGGACGGGGCCAUGAUCCGGGAAUUGUCAAAAUAAGUCUUAGAAUGUGUUGUUUUGUUUUGUUUUUAAAGCCGCAUCUAUUCCAUUGGUGUCACGAUCCAGUCUUGCUUUAAUGUCACAAGUGAAAGUACCGUAGAGACCUUUAGCACCUUCUCUGCCAGGUGCUUUAAUCUCCUGGGUAGCAUCAUGCUAAGUGAUCGUCCAGACUGUGCUUGAAUAAUUUCAGUGAUGGUGAACUCACUACCACAUCUAAAGGAGAUCAUUCAAUCUCAGAUCAGAGAGUCCUGUCUCCCGACUUCUGCUGUGGAAGAAGCACCUGGGCUCAGCCUGAGGCCCCAGGCAGCUGCCACAGAUGAGUGAGCGAGGGAAGUGCUGGGGCUGUUCUAAGUGCAAUGUGCCUGUGUCCACUUGAAGGCUUUACCACUCCAACUUAGUUAGGAUAACGUCCUGGGCAAGCAACACGUGGCCACGGGCUGGAACAAGGCAACCAGUCUGAGACUCCAAAGUCCAGGAGGUAGGGUGUGGGUUUUACCAACUGAUGAAUUAAUAAAUACAUAAUUCUUACACUGAGACUCCCUGGUCAGGGGAGAUUGUUGGUCUAGUUAAUUCUCUCUUUCCCUCUCCGUGUAAUCAGGAUGCAUUGGUAACCUCCUACGAUAACUUCCGAGUAUCUAGGGCCCAGGAGAGAGGAUCACUUCGCUUGGAGAGCUUAAAAAUCUAAAUGAGAUGGAACACACAUGGGAAAUGCGACAGAAUGGAAUCAGUAUUGAUUUUCCAUUUGCACAAGGAAGGACUUUGAUGGAGACGUGGUUCUUACAGCUGAUUUUUACAUGGUGGGUCCACAGUCCAACCUUGAGGGUUUAGAACAACCUAUUUCUGCAACCUUGACCUUGGCCUUUCUAGACUAAAUCAGAGAUAACAUCCAAUCCUUAAACAGCAUUUGCUUUGGUCUAGUUUUCCUACUAAGUGUUUCAAGGCAAUUUCUCAUGGAAUCCUCAUAGCAGCCCAGUAAAACAGGUAUAUUACUCCUGCUUUUGGAGUGGAGAAAACAGAAGCAGAGAGAGGCGAAGGAACUUGCCCAAGGUCACAUGGACCAACCCCCUAUGACAGAGCAGGGCCUUGAACCAGGCUGGAAGGACUCCACACUCUUAACCACUACCCUGUACUUCACAGCAAGGGCCUUAAUUUAACAUUUUGCGCGUACAGAACUGCAGUAUUGGCCUCCGUUGGGUCCAAAUGGAUUUUAGUUUGCUCAACUAAAAUCUGGCGGCCUGAGUGUUUUGAUGGUUGUCCAAUCCCAACCCCUUUAUAGCUCAAUCUUCCCUUGUCCCCAUAUUAUUUGCUCAGAAUCUUAUUUGCAUUCGCAGAGGAAGCUGCAAGUGGAGAACCUGGCAGGAACCUUAAUGAAGCCAGGUGGGACACAUUUAAAUGGGACUGUGUUGAACUAACUCAUGAAGAGCUGGAGCCAGCUGUCAGCAGGCUUAAUGAAAGGUUAACAGGAAUCCGGCAAUGGGUGGCUGGAGAGACUCUUUGUCUCUCUAAAGAAAACACAAAUUUGAGAAGUGAGCUCCCUGGGUGAAGGCAAGAUCAGAAGGAGGAAGCCACUUGUAACCAGAAGGCUGGGUCUCAAAAUAGAAUUUCAUUUGGAUUUGUAAACAUGUUAUAGUCAUUAAAAAAAAAAAAAGGCAUUGUGAGUUCUCAGCUCUCUGAACAUCAAAGGACAGUGAAGAGAAGGAUGCUGGAAGAAGAUGAAUGCUAAUAUUGUUAUGAGGGUCUUGGGGCGUGCUGGAGAUAGCCACUCAUGGAACAGAAGAUGCGUUUACUUUCCAUCUGAGCUGGAAAGGUGCUGUUUGGCGGUUGUAUGUUUUAUCCAUGUUGCGUAUGGAGUGGGGGUUGGGGGGUGUCCAGGAAAGACCCUGACUCAUCCAGCAAUUCAACUCCCAUGUUUUAUCUGAUGAAACUGAGGCCCAGACUGAGGGGGACUGAGUUACCCCAGGCUACACAGGGACCCAGUGCCAGAGCACAGACCUAAACCAUGUCUCCCGAACUUCUCUCUGUGGCCAUGUCAUAAACCUGUUCUUGGAUUUUUCUAGGUCCACCUGGAUCUGCCUGAUUAUUUACCCUUCUGAGGUCACAUUAAGUUCCUGGUGCAUGCAACUCAGCAUUUCUUUCCCUUGAACCAUCUUUCCCAGCACACCCUUGACCCUGUGGUGGACUGCCAUUUCCAGGAAGUGGAAUGAGAAUGUGGAAGUGCAAAGCCUGGCUGUUCUGUUGCUUUUUGAAGAACACCACCAUAAUGAGGGUGACCAACUAGUCCCAUUUUAAAACUCAAAGUCCCACAUGCUGGGAACCCCUUCAGGAGCCCCUAAUGACUGUAACAUGUUUACGGAUCCAGGCAAACUGGGAUGAUUGGUCCACUUAAGUCUGUAACUAAACCAGAGAUGGAAACAACCACCCCCUGAGUUCUUGACUCUCUUGCAGUGAUCAUUUUUUUGCUGCAAUAGUACCCAAGUGGAAUUUAAUUUGUUUAGAUCCAGUCUUAAAAUAGACUACUAAAUCUAGAUGCUAGACCCUUAUUAAUCAAAACAUGGGGCUCAGACCAGGCCAUGGUCAUCACCUGGGAGCUUGUUAGCCAUACAGAAUGUCGGUCCCCACCGUAGAGCCCAGAAUCAUAAUCUGCAUUUUAAUGAGGUUUCCAUGUUAUUCGUAUGAACAUUAAAAAUUGAGAAAUACUGGCCUAAAGCAUUGAUUUUUAAAGUCAGCUGCACAUGGAAAUCAUAUGGGGAUUUCAGUAAUAAAAAAUACUGAUGUUUGA